AUGCCAACAGCCAAACGCAAAGCAACAGCAUCACCAGCCCUCUCCGUUCAUUCCGACGCUGGUGAUGACGACGCACCACUCGACAUCGACCCAUCUCCACUUGAUGCAAUCGACUCUGCUCAGCGCAAACGACCCAACAACACCAGUCUUCAACCUGUUGAAAGCUCUCUCCGUCAUCUCUCACUCGACACACUCGAAUGCUUCCUCCCGACCCAAAAACGACACUGUCUUGAAACUCUCGUCGGAAACCUUCCUCCAACGCCGAGUACAUCAGCUCAUCCCAUAGCUUCCACCGGCAGCACUUUGGUCGGUGCUGAUGAAGAAGAUACCACUUCAAGGGUGCAGAAUGGAGCGGAAGGGACAAGCCAGCAAGUCUCGGCAUGUGUCGGAUUGGAGGAAGAAUGGUACACUCUGCACAGUAUGUUACAUGCUACUCUGACGGCCCAGGAGAGUAAUAGUUGUUUGUUGAUCGGUGCUUCGGGGUCUGGAAAGACGCUGCUUGUAGAUUCGGUGCUGAAUACCAUCUCCAGCGCAGUCAAGACGAAAGCAGCAGAUAUGCGUGAAGAGAAGUCGUACUACCAUGUGCACUUGGCAGGCUCGGUACAGAUUAAUGACAGAUCAGCGAUGAAAGAAAUGGCGCAACAACUCAUUCUUCAAGGAGCAUUCACUGAGGAGGACGUGUCUGAAGCUAUGCACUCUCCUUCGUUUGAUGGUGAAGAUGACGACGAGAACCCUUCAAACUCUCGCAGUACUGCCACCGACCACGUCUUCGGUGGGGAAGGAGAAGACGAAGAACAAGAAGAUACAAACGCUAUCGCUGCUGCAGCAGCGAACGAAGAAGCGGAAAUCCAAGACGAGUUAGCAGGAGCAAUCCUUUCUUCGCUCAACAAUAUUAUCCGCAACAUCAUCGCGCUUCUCUCCAACACUUCCUCCUCUGGAUCGGGCCGGAGGAAACCGCUGGUUAUUACGCUGGACGAUUUCGAUCUCUUCACAGCCCGUCCUAGGCAGGCCAUGCUAUACUGUCUCCUCGAUGCUGUUCAAGCUGCAUCCUACGGUGCUGGAUUGGCGGUGGUGGGAUUAACAAGUAGAGUAGACACAGUUGAUCUCUUGGAGAAGAGAGUCAAAAGUAGAUUCUCGCAUAGAAUCCUCCACGUUCGUCCACCGUCCAGCUACGAAGUGUUUGAACGAAUCGUUCUAAACGCCCUCUCCCCAUCCACCCAGUCUACAUCUACAAUGGCGGGUGCAGAAGAGGAGAAGUUCCUACAAGCAUGGCAAAAAGACGUCAGCACACUCUUCGCCCAUCCUCACUUCCGCGAUGUCCUCCGAGGAAUCUACGAAUUAUCCAACGACAUUCGUACAGUCUAUCGCAUCCUCACCCCUACCAUCUCCCGUCUCUCCGUCCUCGACCCGUCAUUCGACCUGGAACACAUCCUCGAAACAGCAUCAACAGAAAUAGGCGAUGGAAUGAUUCACAUCCUUCGAGACCUAACCGAACCCGAGAUCGCCCUUCUUAUCGCAGUCAAACACUUACAAACACGAGAUCGUCAAGUGUUCAACUUCGAAAUGUGUUUCGACGAACUCCGUCGUUUCGCAGCGAAAGAUACGAGGGAGAGACAAGCAGCGUCUACUGCCUCUACCUCUACCAACACAACGGGCGGUGGAGCGGCCUUUGCAACUCCUUUCUACGCUGAUCGGAAGAUCGCGCUCAUGUCCUUCCACUCUUUGCUCAGCUUAGAGAUUCUUUUGCCACAGAACUAUGUGUCGACAUUGACGAUUAGCAAUCCCGUUGCAAAACCAGCUGCGACCCUGGGGAGUACGCAAACGGGAAGGGCGAAUCAGAACACCAUCAGGAAGGUGUUUUGGAAGGUGAGGUGCAUUCUCUCGCCUCCAGUGAUCGUAGCGGCGGUGAAGGAUAGGUUGCGACAGGUCCCGAUCAGUUCCUCUCUUGUAAAGUGGGCUCGUUCGCACGGUUAG